AUGGACGAGCGGAACAUGUCCGUGAGGGACUACGUUGAAAAGUAUGGAUACUUGAAGCGCGGUGAGAAGUUGUCCGAAACUAGGGAGGAGGAUGAAAUCGUGCUUGCUGGCCGAAUAAUGAGCAAGCGAAGGUCGGGCAAAAGGCUUGUGUUCUACGAGAUCAAGCAGUAUUUUCAGGACGUGCAGAUCAUGUGUGAUAUGAAGGAUUACAGGGUGCGAGAGCAGGACUGGAAUUCCGAGAUAAAAAGUCUGGAGAGCGAGUUUGAAUUUUAUCAUAGCAAGUUAAAAAAAGGCGACAUCAUCGCGGUGAGAGGAUAUCCGUACAGGACGAAAACAGGAGAGUUGACGUUAGCUGGAAGGAGAGUGAAGUUGCUCGCGCCCUGUUUGCAUGACUUUCCGGAGUAUGGGGGCAUUCAGAACAAGGAGAUUCGAUACCGGCACCGGUACGUGGACCUGAUGGUGACUCCGGGAGUGAGGAACACUUUCGUAGCAAGAGCGUGCAUUGUUGGCGCGUUGAGGCGGUAUUUGGACCAGAGAGGUUUCAUAGAGGUCGAGACGCCGAUUUUGUCUCAGACUGCCGGAGGCGCGUGCGCAAGGCCAUUUGAGACGGUGAUGCGAGCGCAGGACGCGAGUUUGUACUUGAGAAUAGCGCCGGAACUCUAUUUGAAGCAGUUAGUUGUGGGAGGAAUGGACCGCGUUUAUGAAAUUGGAAAGUCGUUUCGAAAUGAGGGGAUCGAUUACACGCACAAUCCUGAGUUUACAACAUGCGAAUUUUAUGAGGCCUACGCCGAUUAUGAAAAGUUGUUUUCUACGGUUCAAGAGCUGUUUCUAUCGAUCGUCUGCCACAUGAAUUCGACGUUGCGACUGAACCGCGCGUCGCAGUUUGGAACAUCCCCGGCUGAGGCGCCGACCCACGACGAAGAUUCGGUCGUCUUGGUGGACGUGCCAGCUAAGGGGACACAUCCGCCGCUCGAGCGAGUCAGGAUUGACUUCAGGCAGCCGUUCAAGAGAGUUUCCGUCGUCGAGGAGCUCGAAAGAAUUUUAAAAAUACGACUUCCAGACGUCAAUGAUCCUAAAAAUAGUGCUUUUUAUCGAGACGUCCUCAAACAAUGCAAUUUAGACUGCCCGCCCCCGCAGACGACGGUUCGGAUGUUCGAUCGACUGAUCGAGCACUUUAUCGAAAGUCAGUGCGUUCAGCCCACUUACUUGUGUCAUUUCCCGACCUCGAUGAGUCCCUUGGCGAGAGAGCAUCGCACUCGACCCGCGCUCGCCGAGAGAUUCGAGUUAUUCAUUGCCAGAAUGGAGCUCGCCAACGCGUACACAGAAAUGAACUCUCCAUUUGAACAGGCAAAGAGGCUCAAAAAUCAAGUCCCGGACGGAGAGAGCGUCAAAAGCGACGAGGAGUGGUUCGUCCGCUCUCUAGAGUGGGGGCUUCCGCCGACCGCCGGAUGCGGACUAGGCAUCGACCGACUGGUUAUGCUACUAACCAACAAACUGUCUAUCAAGGAGGUCCUGCUGUUCCCGUUCAUGAAAGACGCAAAUGCAAACAACGAAGGAAAAUGCCAAGAGAGAUGA